AGUCAUGAAUAAGACUACAUCAAGAUAUUAUCACUACUUCUCCUGUCCUCCUGCCCUGAUGGAUCCACUUUUCCGGAAGACAGACUAUUAAGGGUCAGUGCUGCAUGGGAGUAUGACAAAGGAAGUACAUGGGCAACAGGACCAUAUCCUAUCCUCCUUCAUUUGCUCUCUCUAGUGGGACAUGGUGGCUAUGAGUGAGGCUCUGAUUCAUGCAAGGAUCACUCUCCUUCAGGUAUGGUUGAGGAUGCUGCUCUUUUCUUCUGUAUGGCCCCUGACUUGGUGUGCUGAAUACAAAGGCCCUCCAGAGACAGUGAUACCCUUGAGGGUAACUGUCUCUAGUAAAGAGACGAGUCUUGCAGGCUGGAUGUCCUAUAGCCUGCACUUUGGAGGCCAGAGACACAUUAUCUCCAUGAAAUCCAAGAAUUUUUUGGAGUCCAGACAGCUCCCUGUGUUCACAUACAAUGACCAAGGUGUCCUCUUUGAGGACAGACCUUUUGUCCAAAAUGACUGUUAUUAUCUUGGUUUUGUGGAUGGAGAUCCAGAAUCCAUGGCUGCUCUUACCACCUGUUUUGGGGGCUUUCAAGGGAUAUUACGGAUAAAUGACACAGCUUAUGAAAUUAAGCCCAAGAAGAGCUCCUCUUCCACAUUUGAACAUCUGCUUUACAAGAUAGACAGUGAGAAAACUCAGUUACGCCCCAUGAGAUGUGGAUUAACAGAUGAAGAAAUAGCAGAGCAAGUGAGGCUUCAAGAAGAUAGCAAGUCCACUCUAAUGCAAAGCACCUAUGGGUCAUGGUGGUCUCAUGGAUUGUAUAUUAAACUGGCAUUGGUUAUAGACCAUGAACAAUACCUUUAUCGAAAAAGAAAUACUUCUCUUGUGGUAAAAGAUGUAUUUAACAUUAUGAAUGGAAUAAAUCUCUCCUUACGUUCAGUGGAUAUUAACGUGGUUUUACUAGGACUUACUAUCUGGACUAACGAAAAUCCCAUACCAGUGCAAGAUAUAUAUGCUCUUUUGCCAGCAUUUUGUACCUGGAAGAGAACAAACCUUAAUUCUCAGAUACCAUAUGAUAUUGCACAUCUCUUUGUGAAUUAUACUUUUAGUAACUAUUUUGGCAUAGCCUACGUAGGAACUGUAUGUAAUAAGACAUUUGGUUGUGGAGUUGAUAGUCUCGUUGAAGAUGAUUUCCUUAGCAUUGGACAUAUUGUGGCACAUGAGAUAGGUCACAAUUUGGGCAUGCCACAUGAUGGGAUACUUUGUACUUGUGGAGAAGAAUCAUGUUUGAUGUCUGCUAAAAUGGAGAGUUCCGAAAAACUCAGCAACUGUAGUUAUGAAGUCUUGUGGGCACACAUGAUCAAAAAAAGCUGCAUACAGAGAGAGCCCAGCCUUUCAGAUCACUUCCAAAUGAAGGUCUGUGGGAAUGGUAUAGUUGAAGACGGAGAGCAGUGUGACUGUGGAACCCCUGAAAGCUGUAAACGUAAUCGCUGUUGUAUGCCUAGCUGUAUUCUGAGGUCUAGAGCUAAAUGUGAUACUGGACUAUGUUGUAACAGAUGCCAAAUCCAGCCAUCUGGCACUCUGUGUAGAGCUCAGGAGAAUGAAUGUGACCUUCCAGAAUGGUGCAAUGGAACCUCACAUGAGUGCCCUGAAGAUUUGUUUGUACAGGAUGGGACCUCUUGCCCUGGUAACGGCUACUGCUAUGAAAAAAGAUGUAACAGCCACGAUUACCACUGUCAGAGAGUUUUUGGCCAGCUUGCCAGGAAAGCAUCCGACAGUUGUUACAAGGAACUCAAUACUCGUGGUGAUCGUUUUGGUAACUGUGGACUCACAGACAAUGAGUAUGUGAGAUGUGAGACCUCAGACAUCCUCUGUGGGAGGAUUCAAUGUGACAAAGUGAGAACACUUCCUACCCUGCGGAGCCAUUAUACUGUUCACUGGACUCAUUUCAAUAAUGUCUCCUGCUGGAGUACUGACUACCAUUUGGGGAUGAAAAUUGCUGACCUUGGUGACAUAAAAGAUGGCACAAACUGUGGUCCACAGCAUGUGUGCAUUGCCAGAAAGUGUGUUAAUAAGCCAAGUUGGGCAAGUGAUUGUUCACCAGAGACCUGCAACAUGAAAGGAGUCUGCAAUAAUAAACAGCACUGCCAUUGUAAUGUUGGCUGGAGUCCACCAAACUGCCAGGAAACUGGCACCGGAGGAAGUAUUGACAGUGGUUCUCCUGGAACCCGAGUCAAGGAAGAUGGGAACAGGAAGGAGACCUCAAAAAAAUCUAACAUCAUAAUUUGGUUAUUACCUAUUAUUUGUGUGGUUGUAGCUUUAUUUGCAUUGUUUUGCUUGUCUGGGGCCACUAAACGAUCACAUGAAGAAGCAGCAACUCAACCACCACAUGAAGAGGCUAAACCCCCAGAUGAGACAGUUAAACUACCAGAUAAAGCAGCUAACCCCCCAGAUGAAGAACAAAAGAUUAAACCACCAGAUGAGGAAAAAGAGACUAAAUCAUAAGACAAGAAAGAAGAGGCUAAACCAUCCAAUGAAAAAGGAGGCUAAGCCCAUCAUAUCUUCACUUCUUCAACGUCAACCAACACAGAAUAGAAAAAUCUAAUGAGUUGUCAAAAUAAUCUUUAAGAUUUUAAUGAAAUUUACCACAUAGCAUCCUGGUGUGAGAGGUCCUAAUGUAUAUUAUAAACCACUGAUAGAAGAUACCAGCAAUCUAUAAUAGGUCAGGAUAACACACAUUUAUCAUUCAAUAAAGAUGAGAACUACCAUA